AUGGACAAAUCUGUGCAGGAUGAUGACAGCCAGGUGAUGCCUGUAUCUCAACCAGUGCGUGCUAAGAGUUUGUUACGCGCAAACUUGGAGAGAUCACGUUGUGGAGUAGUUUUGCAGAGCAGAAUGCCGAACAUAAAGGUUUUCAGCGGGUCUUCCCAUCCCGACCUGGCCCAGCGAAUCGUCGACAGGCUCGGCAUUGACAUCGGAAAAGUUGUCACUAAGAAAUUCAGCAACCUUGAGACAUGUGUGGAAAUUGGAGAAUCAGUACGUGGAGAAGACGUUUACAUCGUUCAAAGUGGAAGCGGUGAAGUUAAUGACAAUCUUAUGGAGCUACUUAUAAUGAUAAAUGCUUGUAAAAUAGCAUCAGCUUCUCGAGUCACUGCUGUGAUUCCUUGUUUCCCUUAUGCCAGACAAGACAAGAAGGACAAGGUAGGAAAUCACAAGUCCAUAGUCCUUCUUGUUUUAUUAAAUUCGCAGGGAGGUGAUGGUACUGACAAGAACGUUGUCAUGAAGAUAAACGAGUGGAAAUUCAGGAGCCGAGCUCCGAUAUCAGCGAAGCUGGUCGCCAACAUGCUCUCCGUUGCCGGAGCAGACCACAUCAUCACCAUGGACUUGCAUGCCAGUCAAAUUCAGGGAUUCUUUGAUAUUCCCGUGGAUAAUCUAUUUGCCGAACCAGCAGUACUCAAGUGGAUUAAGGAGAACAUCAACGAGUGGCGAAACAGUAUCAUCGUAUCACCUGACGCUGGUGGAGCUAAAAGAGUAACGUCAAUUGCUGAUCGAUUGAACGUCGAGUUUGCGCUGAUCCACAAGGAACGUAAAAAAGCAAACGAAGUUGCUAGCAUGGUCUUGGUUGGAGAUGUAAAAGAUCGCGUUGCUAUUCUUGUGGACGAUAUGGCAGAUACUUGUGGAACUAUUUGCCACGCUGCUGAGAAAUUACUCGAAGCUGGAGCUACUAAAGUCUACGCUAUUUUAACUCACGGUAUUUUCAGUGGUCCUGCUAUCAGUAGGAUUAAUAAUGCCUGCUUUGAAGCUGUGGUUGUUACUAAUACUAUUCCACAAGAUGAACACAUGAAAGAUUGCCCUAAAAUUCAGUGUAUUGACGUAUCAAUGAUGUUUGCCGAAGCUGUAAGGAGAACUCACAAUGGUGAAUCCGUGUCGUACCUGUUCUCAAACGUACCCUAUUAA